AUGUCCGACUACUACACAACCUUAGGGGUUGACCGUGAUGCAUCUCAGGAAGACAUCAAGCGCAACUACCGAUUGUUAGCCCUGACGCUUCAUCCGGAUAAGGUGGGCCCUCAGGGCUCUCAGCGAUUUUUAGAAGUCAAAAAAGCGUAUGACGUUCUAUCCGAUCCGCAGAGACGCUCGAUUUACGAUAAUUUUGGUGAGGAGGGUCUAAAAGCUUUAGAUGAUCCCACCAUGAUUCCCUCGACUUUUAUAAAAGUAGGUGUCUUGUUUGGAUCUAUAUUUUUGGCAAUCAUGCUCGUACUUUUUAUCUUGAUUAUAGUCUUUCUUAAGUUCCUCGGAGAUUAUGUUGAUGGACGUCUAUCUUCUUCGUGGAACUACGUAAAAGUUUUUUCGCCCUUGUUCAUAGUAACUGGACUGGUGGCGAUAAAAGCGCUUAUAAUGCUUAUUAUAGCAGUUUGCUUGUGGUGGUUAGACAUUGUUUUUUUCAUGAUAGCCAUCAUUUGUCUAUUCCUGCUCGCGAUCUUCAUUCCCAUUGUGAAGGAUCGCAACGAAAAAAAUGUGCAUUGCAAUCACGUGAAUCAUAAUUUUGAGAUGGAUGGAUGCUUAAAGUGGCGUGUUUGGCUAAUUCCAGGAUAUCUAAUGACAUUUUGUUUUUUUUUAGCCAUCGUGUUUGGGCCUUUAUGGAAUUUGAAGCGUGUGCAUAUGCUUCGGAGAAUGGGGAUGUGCAAACUUGCUGCUUGCUUGUCGUUUCGCGCCAUGAUUCGCUCUUUGGAGGUGCUCUCCAUGGGCGCUUUUUUUGUUCUGGUCGGAUGCCGUGCGGACGAGGUUAUUAAAACAGACUACUUUAUUGUCGUCGGGACUCCGUUCUUUGUCUUCGGAUUCCUUAUUGUUAUGGAAUGCUUACUUAAAGGUCUGCUAUCUAGUACUCUUUACGGCGAUCGUGAACAAAACCACACCUCUCAGACUCACAGUACUCGUGAAGCUAACACACCUCAGUCGUGUCAGCGGAAGAAUGGGCCGGAUACCACACAGAAUCAAUUUCAACAAUUCCAUGGAACAUCCGAGAGACGAAACGGCGGUGCCCAUUCAACCCAUUUUACCCCAUUCCCAGAAAGCGAGCGCCCCUCUCGAGGGGCCAGAGACAGGGGUACGCGGCCCGCGGAUGAGGAUACGGAGUCUAGGCAAUCCACCCACCGCCACACCAAUCCGUUUGUUGGGUUCCUCAUCGCGAGUUUUAUAUUCGUCGGGCUCAUCUUGUCGACGGUGGCUAUGGUGUGUGUGCGUCUUAAUUUCUACGCCCAGAGGGGGACCUACAAGGGCACCCUCUCGCUCUGGAGUGCCCUCGUCCCACUCCAUAUCUUAUUCGCUCUGUUUGUAUUAUUUUUGCUGAUCAUUUUAAUCAUGGUCUGCUGCAGUAUGUCCCAAAUGAGGAAGGCUGAAUUUAAUGCCACCACAACUAGGGAAGCUUCAGCACACGCAUCAGCCCCUACAGAAACGCGAAACAGUGAGGAUGUUCAUGCACAUCAAACAAGCAACCAGACAGCGUCGAAGAACGUUCAUUAUAAUGGAAGCUCUAUGCAGGAAUCAAAGUCAAACAACGAUGGGUUGAGUAAUGUCGAAUAUGAAAGGAGCGCCCGCCAAGGAGUUAAUGAGGGCCUUCAAUCGCAAAAUCAAAACCUGACGAGAGAAAAUAAAUUCCCACAAAGAGAAAGCACACUCUUAGAUAUAGAUUGA